AUGACAGAAAAGACAUCAUCACAAAAAAACAAUAAUAAUGAACGAUCUUGGUUAUUAGAUCUAUUUGGAACUAUUUUACCAUCAUCGCCAAGAACACGUUCGCAUGAGAAUGAUUCAUCAUCAUGGUUUAGAAAUUUCUUUCGUACAACUGGAAUUAUAUCAACAUCAGGAUUAGGGCCAAUGGGACAAUUUUUGGAGAAACCAAAAGUUGAAAAAAGUCCUGAAAAAGGAAAAAAUGACGAUGUACGCUAUGGAUUAUCUCAUAUGCAAGGGUGGAGAGCGGAUAUGGAAGAUGCACAUGGAGCAAUUUUAAGAUUAGAUGAUAACCGAUGGUCACGCUGGUCUUAUUUUGGAAUUUUUGAUGGCCAUGCGGGAAAGAACGUUGCCAUACUUGGAGCGCAACGUUUACAUACCAGAAUAUUGCAGUCAUUGAAUAAUAUGAUAAAUCUAGAACAUUCAAAAGCCUCUGGCAGCGCACAUAAUAACCAACAACCUUAUGUGACAUCAUCACAGUUCGAUUUUCUCAAAUUCGAAGCUGCAAUUAAAGAUGCUUAUUAUAAAUUUGAUGCCGAAUUACGAGAUGAAUUACGUAAUCAAUCGUCAGAGGACAAAAGCGGAUCAACGGCUAUUUCAUGUCUGAUUGAUCCUGAAAGAAUAUAUUUUUUAAAUGUGGGGGAUUCCCGAGCAAUUCUUGUUUCAACAGAUGGUCGAAUACUAAUGGCGACGAAAGAUCAUAAACCAAGUGAUCAUGCGGAGAGACAAAGGAUUACAGAAGCUGGCGGUACCGUGCUAAUUCAACGUGUGAAUGGUUCAUUAGCUGUUUCCAGAGCGUUAGGUGAUUUUGAAUAUAAAAACAACAGUAGUCGUCGUCCAGAACAACAGUUAGUAUCACCAGAACCAGAAAUUACACAAUAUGUACGGAGCCUACCGGCAGGUCAAGAAUCGAAAACCGGCACAAAUAAACAUCAAAAUUCACAACAAGAUGAACAACCAGCUUUUAUCGUUUUGGCUUGUGACGGUAUUUGGGAUGUUAUAACAAAUGAAGAAUUAGGUGCAUAUAUCCUCGGACGAAUGCAUGUUACAGACGAUUUAGAAAGUAUUUGUAAUCAAGUGCUCGAUAUGUGUUUGUAUAAAGGUAGUAAAGACAACAUGAGUGUGAUUAUUAUCGCGUUUAAAAAUGCACCAACACCAAAUCCUGAAAUGCAAAAUAAGGACCACAUUUUAGAUGAAAAUAUACGGCAAAAGACAACUGAGUUGUAUCAUAAAGUACAAAAACAAAAUUUAGAUAGUCUUUGGCAACAAGUUGUAACAUCUUUGAAUGAAACAGCAGCAAAUCGUGAGGCAUUACCCGCAUCAGGAGGGUUUAUCUCGAAACGUUAUGUAUUUGAACAACAAUAUGCAAUAGAACAGAAUGCACAAAAUGUUCAACGGAAUACAGUGCCGUGCGCUACAGCAAUCACAUAUCCCAAUCUCCGGGCAACGGAAGCAAUCGAUGAUGAAUUAGUUAAUAAUAAUGGUACAAGACUUCGAACGUCUUCAUCGCCACCAUCAAUGGAUACAAAUAAUGAUAUUGCUUCUCCGUCAUCUACAAUUUCAAAUUUGAUUGAAUAA